GAGAGAGACAGAAACAGAGACAGAAACAGAGACAGAGACAGAGACAGAGAGAGAGUGACGGAGCAGAUAAGGCCACUGGGGUUUUCCACUGUGUAGGAUUAGAAAGCUUUAGAAGUAAGUAAGGCUUUAGUCACAGACAGAUCAGCCAGAAAGAGAGUCAAGGUAGAAGAGCGUAAGGUUGACACAAAGAGAGGAAAGGAAACGAGAUUGUAUCUCGAGUGAUGCUCUGUCAGCUUAGAUCGUGAACAGGUUUCAUUUGAAAGGUUAGGAGCAGGUUUAAAAGAAAGAGAGUUUUCAUAGUCUUGAUUUGAGACAUUUUUCAAACAUUUGGAGGAUUCACUGAAUGGGCCACAAAGAUGAACUGUACAAGAGAGGAUAAAUACCUCAAAGAUGAGAGAUGCUGCGAUAAAUGCCCUGCAGGAUCUUAUGUUAGAGCAGAAUGUGACAACACAAAGAAGACCGAGUGUGGCGAGUGUGGACGUGGGUUCUUCACGGCCACCAAAAAUUACAUGUUCAAAUGUCUAGCCUGUAGGAACUGCAGUCUUGAGAAGAACCGGAGGAAGGUAAAGGACUGUGAUGCUCAUGAGGACACAGUGUGUGAGUGUGAGACUGGUUUCUUCUGUAAAAAUGAUCAGUGUGACCACUGCCAGAAAGUUAAGACCUGCGGUCUGGGCCAAGGUGUCAAAGCUAAAGCCACUCGCACAAAUGACACUAUGUGUGCAGACUGUGAAAAAGGGACCUUCAGCAACGUAACAGAUUUCCACUCAGCCUGUCAAACACACACCAGGUGUGAGGACUUGGGAAGAGUAUUGAAAACUCUAGGAACCCCGAAAGCUGAUGCCAUCUGUGGUAACUUCAUAUCUGAUUGUCGCUGGAUCAUUCCUGCAGGCCUGUGGUCAGGACUUGUGUUGACGGUACUCGUCCUGUUUGGUCUCAUCUGCUGGAGGUCAAAACGCAAGUCAUGCAGAUCAGUGAACCUAUGUGCCAAUGCUGGAAUUUACUCAAAAAAUACAACUGCCAGUCCUGGUGACCCUGUUACCUAUAUUGAAAUGAUUCCAGCAGAUCCAGUCAGUCCUCUGAAGCUGCCUUUACCGUCCAAUGAGCAGAACGGUCACUGCCCAGAGAGCUACAUGGAAGAGGGCUGCAAGCUACCGCUUUUUACCACAGAUGAUAAUGUGUGCACAGAAGACAGCGUGGACAGCAGCCUUCCUAUAACUCCACUGAAGGCUUCGGUUUCCUUUGCUGAAUCAAGCCAGGGCAAUGGAAGUGCUGGAUACUGCACGGCAAACUUGCUCAGGACCUACUCAGAGCCUCAGGAGGACGAGUGGUGUGGGACUGAGGGGUCAUAACAGGACUCUGACAGAGCUCAGAGUCCAUGAAAACUAUUUUUUAAUCUUUUAACUGGAUUUAUUUAUCCUGGGUUGAAAAAAAAAAAAAAGAGUUUCUCUGAGAUUAGAGAUUUGAGUUUCUCUGUUUGAGGAGAGGUUACAGUGGUUGAUUGUUUUACUGCCCCCUGCAGGAUGUUAAAGAGAACUUUCUUAAAGCAGAGAAAAGUUCUUAAAAAAGGAGUUUAUCAAGUGAAGGCAGGGAUGUCUGCCAUGUUUGGCUUCAUGCCUUUUUAUCUGUCUCAUCUUAUUCUUGACUUUUUUUUACUUUAAGCAAAACUCAUGUACAUUUAUGAAUGUCUGUGUAGCCGGAUGUAGCGAAUUCCUCUGGAGAUUCAACGUUGAAAAAACUAUUUAAAAAACUAUAUCACUUAACUACAGAGAUCCUGAAGUUCAAAAAUGGAAAAAAAAAACAUGUGUGUACACAAGUUAAUUAAUCAAUCAUCAUAAUAAUUCAAUCAUUUUUACUUUUUGGAACUUCAGGGUCUCCGUACUAAACCACCCGAUUACACUGAGUAAAUUAACAACCACACAGAUAGACACACCUGUCUAUUUUGAGUCAGUCCCACAUUUAGCUGCUGACAAUUUGUUCUUUCACAUUAUAUUAACCCAACCCACAAAUGGGCCAACAUUUGCUAACAAACUGCAUUUCUAAGCAGCUUUAAAAAAGUUUAUUUUGAAAAUAAUAAACCUACAUGUCUUGUUUUUGAAAAAAUGUAUGCAAGAGAAAAAAAGUUUUCCUUUGAGCUCGUAGGGUGAGAACAAAAAAAAGAGCACAACAUCGUUCCACUUUGAGAAAAAAGAAACUGAACAGACUGUAAAUGAGACAAAAGAAGGAAACUCUGAAUGAUCCUUUAAUCUAAGCUAUUUCUUUGUUAUUAUGUUUAAAGGAUAUUUUAUUUAAUUAAUUUAUCACAAUAAACUAGUGCAAUGUCUGCCAUCAAAUGUC